GACUGCGGACACAGUACAGGGAUGACCAGAGACUGUGGACAGCACAGGGAUGACCAGAGACUGCGGACAGUACAGGGGAUGACCAGAGACUGCGGACACAGUACAGGGAUGACCAGAGACUGCGGACAGUACAGGGAUGACCAGAGACUGCGGACACAGUACAGGGGAUGACCAGAGACUGCGGACACAGUACAGGGAUGACCAGAGACUGCGGACAGUACAGGGAUGACCAGAGACUGCGGACAGUACAGGGAUGAACCAGAGACUGCGACACAGUACAGGGAUGACCAGAGACUGCGGACAGUACAGGAGAUGACCAGAG